ACAAUUCUAUUCUGUGCCAAUUUCGGGGUCAAUCUUGCUAUUUCAUGCUAGUUAUCCAUAAGUUUAUCAAGUUGCUGCUAUCGCAUCUAAAAUGUAGUUUUGUCACAAACAACCGCAUCGUUAAAUCAAUGAUCUACUCCCGUGGACUUUCCAAUGUUUAAGUUUUUGAGGCCUUCUCUCCUGUUCCUCGGCCUCUCUGUACUCUUCUCUUCUCUCUCGUACGUCCCUUUUGUUUCACGGACGUUCGACUCUGUAGCUAAACUCAGUUUCUCGGACUUGUCAAACUUUGUUGACAAGUAUGAUAAAGGAAUCGCUGAACUGCACUUUAACCGUGCAGUCUGGUUGAGGGAUGCUGUCAUUCCGCAUAAAGACUUGCCAGAAGAAGCAGAUGGGACCACAAAGAAACCGCAAAGUGUACAGGAAUCUACUCUAGCUGAAGGUAUACGUCUCCUGCUCAGGUUUUUAUUCCUGCACAUAAUUACGCUCAUUGUGUUGUGCAUCAUCCUUCUGAGAUAUGUGCGUUUAUUCCGUGAUACGGCAUUUCUACUCUUCAAAUUGGUACGAAAGUGUAAUUGGAGGACGCCUAUCAGGAUCAUAAUUGCAUUGGUUCGCUUCAGUUCAUGGAUGGUAUCUAUUGCUUGGUACUACAACUCAUUUUUACCCGUAAAGACCCGGCUAUUAGUAUACCCUAUACUAACAUGUGUUUUAGCUACAAUGUUUUUCAAAGUAGGAAUUGGCAAAAAACGCCUCUUUAAUAUCGUUCCCCUGGUAAUUGGGUUCAUUUCCUAUUCUGCAAUGGUUCUUACAUUUAAUUCAAUGGCUCACGCCACAAACAAGUUUUCCCUGAAUGAAUGCAUCAUUCUAACAUGGGUUUCAUUCAUUUGUCUUCGAUGUUUUGACAUAAAGAAAGCUGGUAGUAGGCUUAAAAUAAGAAAAGAUAAGGCAGAGUCUGAAAGACUAUCACAUGAAGUAUCAUGUUUGCUAGAACUCUCUCUAAUAUUUGUCUUAUUUAGAGCAUUAAAAUCACUGCCAAUCAUGGGACCUCUGUUCAUUAAAAGGGCAUAUUUCACGCAUUUCAUGUCCUUUUUUACACUGGUCACCAUAAUACACUGUAUAAUAGUAUACGUUGCUGAUAUAAAGAUAAAAACAGGAACACCCCUCGCAAGGGUAAAAAUAGUCAUUGUAAAGGCUCUGGAUAGCAUAAUUCUGCAAGUUUUAGGGUUGCCAAAUAUCGUAUCUGGGAGAGCAAACCAUAAAAACAAUGCAAAUGGUAUCCUAUCAAAAACAUUAAAGAGGUUCAAGUAUCUGUUUGAUAUGAUAUUUGGGAAUAUUAUGGGACCUAUUUACAAAAAUGAAAAGGUGCGCUUUGCGACCAAAUUUUCAAAGGCAGUUCCACAGCUAAUGUUACUCUUUAUGCCCACAUUAGUAUCAAAAGCAUAUUUCAAUUACUGUACACUAAUCACGCCACUACUAAAAUUUCUAACCUUGGAUGAAUCCAGUCUAAAGGCAAAAAUACUAGCAAUCAUACUCCUAAUUAUAUCUGAAGCAGCAAGAUGUGCAAUAAACUCGACAAUUUCUCACAUUAUUUCAUUCAAAACUAUACAAAGAACUAUAAUGUUAAUACUCAUGGACCAUACCAUGGUCUUUCUUAAUAGUGUAAUGUAA